AUGAAGUUUGUGAUCUUGGCUUUGUUUGUCGCUGGGGCGUACGGCUGUGGCCUGCCCACCUACCCUCCGAUUGUGAGCAGAGUGGUCGGGGGAGUGGAUGCCCGCCCCAAAAGCUGGCCCUGGCAGGUGUCUCUGCAGUACCAGAGCGGCGGCAGCUUCUACCACACCUGUGGAGGAACCCUGAUCUCCAGAGACUGGGUCCUGACUGCUGCUCACUGCAUUGGAAGCCGCACCUACAGAGUGUAUCUGGGCAAAUACAACCUGGAGCAAAAUGAGGCCGGCUCCAUCGCCAUCAGCCCCGGGAAGAUCAUCGUGCACGAGAACUGGGACUCUGCCAGGAUCCGCAACGACAUCGCCCUGAUCAAGCUGGCCACUCCUGUGAACUACUCUGACUCCAUCAUGCCCGCCUGUCUGCCCCCUAGAGGAGACGUGAUGCCCAACAACUACCCCUGCUACGUCACCGGCUGGGGUCGCCUCUGGACUGGAGGUCCCAUCGCUGACACCCUGCAGCAGGCCCUCCUCCCUGUGGUGGACCACGCCACCUGCUCCAGGUCCGACUGGUGGGGCACUCUGGUCACCACCAACAUGAUCUGUGCUGGAGGAGACGGAGAGGUGUCCAGCUGUAACGGAGACUCCGGUGGCCCUCUGAACUGCAAGGGCUCUGAUGGUGCCUGGGAUGUCCAGGGUAUCGUCAGCUUCGGCUCCAGUCUGGGCUGCAACUACCCCAAGAAGCCCUCUGUGUUCACCCGAGUCAGCACCUACAUUGACUGGAUCAACAAGGUCAUGACUAGCAACUAAGAAGUGGGUCGGUUUUCAUAGCCAUAUUUGUUGUAGCUCAAAAUAAACACAAUGACCAAA